CAUCAUCUAACGCAGCCUGACAGUGCUCAGACAAGGGACUACGAGGAGCAGCCUUCUGAUCCGGAUUCGGUUUCAUAUAAAGCUCGCCAGCGGCACUGGGAGUCCUACAGUUGUGGCGUUGCACGUUGAGAGGCACCUACACUUUUGCAGCAUGCGGCAGACCAAGUCGAAGAGCUUACUCGUCCUCGUCCUAAGCCUCAUGGUGAUGGUGGUGAUGGGAGAGCAGCCAAAGAUGUUUUUGUGUGGCACAGAGCUGAACGAUGCCCUGUCCACGAUGUGUGGCCGACAUGGCUAUAACCGGAUGCUCAAGCGGUCCUUCGAUCCGACGGACUACAAUGACAUCGAGGGUAGGUUUGGACUGGCCCGAAUGGACUUUGACGAACGCUCCCUGCUCCAUCGAAUGUUUGGCGAGAGCGCCGCUCAGCUGAUGAAGACGCGGCGUCGCCGUGUCGGGGUCUCCGACGAAUGCUGCCUGAAGUCGUGCUCCCUGGGAGAACUCCUCAACUACUGUGCCAAGCCGCCUGGGCAGUAUGAGGGAAACUGAUAAUGACAAUGAUAUCGGCAGCUAAUGGAUGGGACUGAAUUUCCCGGAAUGAAUCUCUGUAUAUCGGCAGUAGUCAGAUAUAUGUACCUACAUACAUAUAUGUAUUUUAAUUAUUUAUUAUCGGACAUGGGAGACAGGGCUGAUAGCAUGUAUGUUUGUAUGUAUUACCUAUGGGGCCAUGAAAUAUUCCACCUCUCUAUAAUUAAUAAAUAAAUAAAUAUCCAUUCAAACGGC